AUUGGCUAUUUGAGCAAGUUGGCCAAUCCACGACAAAAGAGGAAAUAGAGCAAAACGUACAACUAACAUGUAUAACAAUAGCGUUGUUUGUGACCGAUGUGAAGGGUUAACCUGCCACGCGCACACGUGUGUUUUCCGAGUCAGUCGGAGCGAACAGCUGCUCUCAAGGCAGGCACUGGAGUGCCGACACCGACAAUGCGCAACUGCAGAUGAAGGGAGAGAAGGAGGGGAGUGAGAGGGAGGGGGCGAGUUGAACAGCAAAGGUCCCAAAUACUAAAUACAGCAUAUCCACACGCCGAGUGUGUGGGUGAAACAGAUAGAGAGGAAAGCGAAAGAGGGGGGGUGUGUGUGUGUUUGUGUGUAUCAAAACAGAGCUCGUUCCACGGAAUUUUUAUUUCAGUGAAGGGAAGCUGGAGACGGCUGUACAGUAUCUGAAGAAGCUACCACACAUACGGAGGAGCAUAGGCCAUUCCCAUUGGCCAUAUUACUGCAGUAGCCUAGAUUGCUUUGACGCCAGCUGAGAUAUCACCCAUUCAUUAGGGAAAACGGCGGACAUCUCAGAGACGGAUCGCAUUUGUCGGUGUAAAACACCUACUGGGACCCCUGUUUGCCGACCGCUACUGUUAUUGUACUGAUAUCUCGUUUUUGAUUAUAGCACUGCAGUCUGCUAGCGUGUGUAUUCGGCACCUUGCGUCCGUCGCCCAGUGUGUUUGCCGCUGCGACCGCUAAGGGGUUUCGUGUUGUGCCUCUGUUGCUUCAACUACGCUGAAACGGACAAACACGCUAUUUUGACGCGCCCGAACGACUGCAGAGGUGGAGGACACUCCAGGGAGCGGUUGCUGUGGAGCAGGUUUAUGUAUUUUGUGCGAUAGAAGCUACUGAACCAGAACGUGCACAGUCGGUGAGUGAAAGCGCGGUAUCGCCAACGUCGAUAAAGACUGCUGCUCAAUCUUUCGGAUUUGCAUCCUGUCCUUUAAAAAUAAUGAUUUGGCAAAUGGGUUAAUUCUCGCCAUGCAAGAGCCAACAACGGAGAUAGGUCAAUAGAAUUACGCAUGUCUGCUUGUAUAAUGUAGUGUCAAACGUGCUGUUAAAGUUCUUCAGUUAAUAUCAAACAUCAUCAAAAAGCCUUAUUGAUUCAUUAUCAAAAAUGCCGGCGGGAAUGAAGCCCCUGGAAAAGUUUUUGAAGAAACAGACCACGGCGCUUACUCGAGCUGGUGGUUUCGGGGACAAGGCGACUGGCACGGGCGCUUCUCGGCGGCGAGCCAGCCUGUCUCGGGUGGUUCCUUUUUUCAGGGAGACCUCUCCGGAGAGCGGUCCGGCCAGGGAGGUGUUCAGCCCGGACACAGAGGAAGCCCCGUGCUGGCCCUCGGCCACUGCGGACAUUAGGAGUCCGUCGCUGUCCAGCGAUGAGCAAAGUUCCGAGGCGAGUCUGGACACGAGCUGGACCCCUCUGCCAGCGGAUACACCGGACAACCUGGCACUGGCGAUCUUGGAAAGUGUAGCGGGCAAACGAUAUGGCAACUGCACAGAAACCCUCCUGGAUGACUUUAUGUUGACACACCCAAUCUUCCUGGCCUCGGACAGGUUCCAGCAGGUCCUUCUGCAGCAAUUUGGCUUUGAGGGCAAGGCAGCAGAGGACUGGCCAUGUUGGGACGGAGCCGAAAGGAAGCAGGCGGUGCUGAGCGUGGCCUUCCGUUACCUGGACACCUACAGAGAACUGCUGCAGGAGGAGGGAGACCGCUCCAACAGCUUCCCCAAGGAACUCUAUAUGUGUGCAGUGCAAGAGCUGAGCCGGUUCCCCGAGCUGGUGGAGGACGUGCUGAAGCUUCAGCGCUGGACUGAGAUCCUCCAAUGCCCCAGCUCAGAGGAGGACCAGGAGAGCCGCAGGAAACAGGUUCGCCCUCUUUUCCGUCACUUCCGGCGCAUCGAUGCCUGCUUGCAGCCCCGGGAGGCCUUCAGAGGCUCCGACGAGAUCUUCUGCAGGGUGUAUACGCCGGACCACUCAUACGUGACAAUCCGCAGCCGUCUGUCGUGUCGCGUCGGCGAGAUCCUGGCCCAGGUCAGGGAGAAGCUGCAGUACAGCGAGGACCAGCCCACCCAACCUGGCAACCUGUUGCUGGUGGCCGUCACGUCGGCUGGGGAGAAGGCCGUGUUCCGACCUAGCGACGAGGCGGUCUUCACCACCCUGGGAGUCAACACCCAUCUUUUUGCCUGCGAACCCUCUGAGCUGGAGAACCUGCUCCCCCUCCCUGAGGAGAUCCACUGGUCGCCCGGUGACAGUAAACUCCAUGACAUGAGUGCAGAGGAGGUGGCCAAUCAGCUGGUGGUGUUCGACUGGGAGCUCUUCAGCUGCGUGCACGAGGUGGAGUUUGUGUGCUACGUGUUCCACGGCGAGCAGGCCCGCUGGCGCCCCCUCAAUCUGGAGCUGGUGCUGCAACGCUGCAGUGAGGUUCAGCACUGGGUCGCCACGGAGAUACUGCAGUGCCAGUCACUGCCCAAGAGGGUGCAGCUCCUCCGCAAGUUCAUCAAGAUCGCAGCUCUGUGUAAGCAGCAGCAGGACCUGCUGUCCUUCCUGGCUGUGGUUCUGGGGCUGGACAACCCUGCUGUCAGCCGCCUUCGCCUCACCUGGGAGGGCCUCCCCGGGAAGUUCAGGAAGCAGUUCCAGCAGUUUGAGAGCAUUGCGGACCCAUCCAGGAACCACAAGUCCUACAGAGACCUGAUGGCCAGCCUCAGACCCCCUCUGAUCCCCUUCACACCCCUGUUGCUCAAAGACCUAACCUUCCUCCACGAGAGCUGUAAGUCGUUCCAUGGGGAGCUGGUGAACUUUGAGAAAAUGCAUAAAGUUGCAGAGAUGGUAAGGAGCAUCAGACGAUACAGGAGCUCUCAACUGGCUAUGGAUGCGGAGCCUUCCCCCUCCCACCUCCAGACCAAGGCCUAUGUUCGCCAGCUGCAGGUCAUCGACAAUCAGAACCUGCUCUUUGACAUGUCCUGCAAGCUGGAGCCCAAAGACAUGUGAGCUGGAGUGGGAACAGGGAUCAUCAGACCUGCCCCCCCCCCUUUCACUGGCAUCAACUAUGAUUGGAUAAACUGGCUGAGACUUUUUUGUAACUUUGCUUUAAUUGGUGUUUUACAUGCUUCCCCCCUCCCCCCUCUUGGCUUUCUUGGCAUUAGCCAUGGCAGACUUUUGUGUAAAAUACUCAGACUGCCGGAAACGGGUGAGAAAAAUAACUCAAACUAAUUUCUUUGAAGCUUUUUUGGGUGUGAUUUACUGAGUUGAUGUGUGAGGAGAACGGGAAGUCCCAGGACCUACGUGAACAGCAGAUUGGACAGCCAUUUUGGACAAAAGAUGAGAAUUGAUUUGAUAGGACUGCCAAUAGGACAACGUGAAUGGAUGAAUUAUAAGCUUUUGCUCCAGCAUCAACUCAUGCUUUUGCUUUCACAUCCAAGUGAAGGCUGUCCAGUUUGCACUGCCACCAAAAUGUCCCACCCUAACUGAACCUGACCAGGAUGAAUCCUUUUAGCCCAGAAGGCUAAAGGUCAGUUUUAUUGUGCUAGACCAGUUCUCCUUGGCAUUUGACCCCGAUACAGACAAACUUGUCCCACCUUUCCUGUGUGAACUAAGACAUGAGACAAUCCAACCCUGUGACCUCUAAACUAUUGACUUUUGACCCCUUUCCUCUCAGUCAGACAACAUGGGCACUUACCCCAGUGGCUUCGCUCAGUGAGUCAGCAAUGGUCAGACAACAGAAAAGAUACCCAUUUGCUAGUUUAUACUAGUAUUUCUGGGCUUAAAUAAACCCUGAGUUUGCACCUCUGGACAAAAGCUGCCACUGUGAAACCAGAUGUGACAUGGUGGAAUGUCUCAGAACCCUAUUAUGUGCCGCAUGCUUAUUGGCUCCUCACAUCAAAGAGCUCUCUCAUUGGUUGAGUAAAUCUUUGACAGCUAAUAAUCCCACCCAUUCAGACAGAGGCCUCAGGUUCACCAUCACGAGAAAAACCCUUCUAUAUGUACAGUACAGAUGAUGGCAGGCCAACAUAUUUGUAUUAACAAAGCACUUUUGCCUGACCUCAGGGCACAUUUCAAUGAGGAAGAAUAGUGAGAAUUGUUUGUGAUUAUAUAAUAUUUUCAGUUUAGCUCAGUUCAAUAUAAUUGUUUUCCUUGUAUAGUACUGCAAUUUAACAAAGCCAUUGUCGCAGAACGCUGAACUAAGAUGAACAAUCCCCUCCACUGGUAUUCUUCACUGGAAUUACAGUUUCAAAAAAAUUCUGAUAGAUUACUUUUCCCAUUUAAAAACAAAUAGUUAACACCUGGACUCAGUGAGGUUGACACCACUUGUUUGCCUGCGAAUCUCUCAGGAUCACUUCCUGGGUCACUGGAGGCUGUCUGGCGACGCCUGUACGAUAAAGCUGUAAUGUAAAUACUGUGUGUAAAUAGCUAAAUAAUAUGGAGACUCUAUUUUAUGUAUGAUGUUGCGAGAUGGUUACUCGUGGAAAUUAUUGUUUUGUAAAUCUGAGAAUGGGUGUACAGUUUAAAAAAGAAAGAAAAUGGAAACAGAAAUGGAGUCUGCUACUAUAGUUGAAGUGCAUUGAUGAAUUGUACAGCAUAUUUUUCUUUCUUAAAGAGAGUAUACCCAAAUAAAUAAAAUUACAUUUGUUUCCUUAAUCUGUAAGCAGUCUAUGGAGAGGGUUUGACUGCCAUCCAUGUUUUAGUUUUUCCUUGAUUUCCAGCCUCUCCAAAUGCUAACGUUUUAGCAUUUGUUUCACCAAUUCCAAUCAAGUGAUGGUACAUACAUUAGCAUUUAUAAUAAAUGCUGUCCAACUCAUCCAAAGGUUUCUGAAAUGAUUAUGAAGCUCAACAGUCACUUACAGACAGAUUCUAUGAAAAAGUCUAAAAUGCUAAUACUGCUAAGAUGACUUUGGGAUUUGUUCAACAAAUGACUAAAAAUCAUGAUAAAAAUGUUGUUUUGCACAUCAGUUUCGAAUAAUUUAGUCCCUUAUUAUUUGUACAGGGAUUUAUUUUUUAUUUUGGCUAUACUCACAAACGUUUGUAUUUGAAAUCCAAAAAUUACAAUGAGGUCAGUGUCUGCAUUUCCAGGUGUUAUUUAAGAUGCACACAAAUUGGUUUCACCCAUUUUAAAAUCACAAACGUUUUAUAUAGAGUUCCCCUAUUUUAAUGCACCAAAACUGUGAGGACGUUUGGCUUGACAGGUGUUUCUGGUUAGUCUGGUGAGCUCUGUCACAUCAUUUAAGUUGGCAUUAGAGUAUUGUCUAUGGCUAGACUUGACUGAUUGGCUGUGUUUUAGUCUGCUAUUUUUACCUCUCAACAUGAUGACUGAAGCGGUGUCUAUGAAAGACAGGAAACCAGACUGUAAUAUAACUUAAAAACAUCGCUAAAAUCUAAGGCUUACCAAAACCAACAGAAGGACAAAGGAUGGAAACGGGUGAAGCUGGUCAAAAAAGACCUACACUGCAUGGCCAAAGCAGACUUACUCUAAGGAAGAAAAAUAAAUAAAACUGUCUGACAGAUCAAAAUCAAUCUCCAGGAAACUGGCGUGAAUGUGUCAGCUACAACCAUCUGGAAAGACUUCAACAGCAGAACUGACAGAAUACAACCCAGGGUAGAAAUUGUAUUUAGCUUCAAAAAGGGAAGAUAGCCAGCAUCUGGUGGGGUCAGAACCAACCUGGCAAAGCCUCACCAGGGAAGACACCCAGCAUCUGAUGUCAGCACCGACCUGGCACAGCCUCACCAGGGAAGACACCCAGCAUCUGAUGUCAGCACCGACCUGGCACAGCCUCACCAGGGAAGACACCCAGCAUCUGAUGUCAGCACCGACCUGGCACAGCCUCACCAGGGAAGACACCCAGCAUCUGAUGUCAGCACCGACCUGGCACAGCCUCACCAGGGAAGACACCCAGCAUCUGAUGUCAGCACCGACCUGGCACAGCCUCACCAGGGAAGACACCCAGCAUCUGAUGUCAGCACCGACCUGGCACAGCCUCACCAGGGAAGACACCCAGCAUCUGAUGUCAGCACCGACCUGGCACAGCCUCACCAGGGAAGAUACCCAGCAUCUGAUGUCAGCACCGACCUGGCACAGCCUCACCAGGGAAGAUACCCAGCAUCUGAUGUCAGCACCGACCUAGCACAGCCUCACCAGGGAAGAUACCCAGUGUCUGGUAGGGUCAGCACUGACCUGACACAGCCUCACCAGGGAAGAUACCCAGCAUCUGAUGUCACUACCGACCUGGAACAGCCUCACCAGGGAAGACACCCAGCGUCUGGUAGGGUCAGCACUGACCUGGUAGAGUCAGGGCCACAUAGACUUGCGGGAGUUGCAAAGGAUGUGGUUGUGACCAGAUACUAAACGCAAGUUCUGUCCCAAUACUUCAUGUGCUCUUAAAUAGUACAGCUUAGAAAUGUGGUCAUUUCAAAAUGGUGAAACCAAUAUAUACACACACACCAUUGAAUAAUAAAAGGUUUAAAAUACCAUUCACUUAACUUUCAAAUAUUCAGAAACUAUUUCAAUUUCAGAAAAAACAUUUGUGUAAGUGGAAAACAUUCCCUUCUCUCAAUAAUUACAGAGGACAAUGCAUGUAUUUGUGCCUUUGUUGAGCUUCACAAUCAGUUUAAAAUUAUUUUGACUGAUUUAGCAAUUUUCCAUGUAUAACGCUACUAUCAGUACUUGGACUUGAAUGGGAUUCCUGCCACAAAUGCGAAAAGGUCAGCAUUUUGAAGUUAAAACAAACUUUGAUGGCGUACCUUGCCCACAAACAGCUUACAAAGAUGAAAAAUGUAAUUUUGGUGAACUACCUUUAAGUGAGAUGGGGUGGGAGGGGAUUUGUUUUUGUAUAGAAGUCAGUGUUUACAGUCAUCUCUCCUGAAACUCAGAUAUUAGACAUGGCUCAAGGUUAUAUCAGUGCAGUUGUAUUAAUCAGUGGAUCUGGGAGAAUUUGUUAGGUAGUAGCCUCUAAGACCAGGCAAGACAUGGAGGCAUGACAUCACAAAACUAGGUAGGUCAUAAUACUGCCACCAUGUCCGGUGAUUGGAUUAGUCACUUUGCCAAUUUCUAACGUGUCCAUUGUGAUACGGUAUGGUUUGAUACGGUAUGGUUUUUCGUUUACACCAUCUUGCAACUAUGUACACAAGUAAACAAAAUAUUAAAUGUGGGCACAAGACACGUGUGAACUUGCAAUAAAAAUGUUAUAUAUACCUAUAUCUCUGUAUGUAGUUAUAUAGUUUCCAGUGCUAUGCAGAGAGGGCUGAAAUGCUUCUGGGAUUGUUUGAUUAAUCACAGUUUGAGUCUUCAAUUCCAUUGGUAAGUACAAAUGUAGGUUUGGUUCUAGCCACGUUUGAUGGGGUGCUUGGAGUCCCUACUCCAAAUCAGUUAUUUAUCAGCCCUCCCGGCCUGGAGCUGAGUGCUCUUCCACCUAGCCAGUCGUCCCAGAUCCAAACAAGUGCUUAAGAGUUUGGGGCAUCUAUCUGCCCAGUUUACCUUGAGGAGGUCCAUUACUUUGGCCUCAGCUACUACGUACUUAAAUAAAGCCUCUUAUGAUGA